UCUCCCAUCGCAGGUGAAGAUAUUUACAAAGCCAGAGAGGAGGGGUCUGAAGUGUGGGGGGCAGCUGAAGUGCAGGAAGAUGAACAUACUCGUGUAGAAGUUCCGCUGGACCAGAGGCCAGCAGAAACUGUAGAUGAAGAAGAAAAUGCAGAAGAGGAAACUGACAGGGGAGAGGAGGCAUAUAAAGGAGAGGAAGAUUAUCCACGCAUGAAUGGAGAGGAAAGUGGGGAAACUGUUAAAGAAAGAAGCUUAGUAGAAGGAAGCAAGAAGAAAUUAAAUGAGAAUGAUGAAGAUGAAGCAGAAGAAACAGGGAAUGUUGACCAAGCAGAAGAGGAGCUUAUCCAUUUAAAUGGCAAGAAAGAUGAAGAAAAUGGUGAGGGAAUGGAGCACUUGAACUACCAAGGUGAUCUUCAGCCUGAAGAAGAAAUAAAAGAAGAGGAUUUUGACAGUCAGAAACAAGUUGAUUCCCAUCUUGAAAAAACAUCCACAAAUCCAAGGGUGACAAUCACCAGCCCGCAGGAAAGUGACAAAAAAAAUGACCAGAGCAAUGACUAUGCUGCAGUUGCAUAGAUAUAAAAAAUGUAAUGAGCAGAAAAUGAAAGAUUAUAAUACUUUAAAGAUAAAGCAUAUUAUUUUUUGUGAUUGAUAACUUAUAAUGAGAAGAUAGGUUGAGUACCCACAUAAUGAGUCUGGAGAUGAUAAUGCCAUAUGGACUGAUACAGAAAACAAACAUUAAUAGCUACUAGAAAAACAUAAAAUUAUUUUUAUGAGGUGAUAUUUUCUGAUGGCAUUUGAGGGGGGGAAAUACAAGAGUACUGUAUAGUAGUAUUAGAAAUAAAUGAACUAUUCUGUGGUAUAAGAAGGUUAGCAGUAAUUGAGUUAUCAAAAAAAUUACACUGUUCCAGAAAAAGAAAAAAAAACCCCACAAAUUUAAUGUCAAAACUAUGUUUGAAUGAAGAUUUGUUCAGAAAAGAGAAACAAUUUUUGACUUUUAAUGAGGACAUAUGUAGUUUUUCCUUUAAAAUUCCACAAAAUAUAUAUGACUUCCAGGCAUAAUAUUAAGAUAGAAUAUGUUCCUCACUUAAUGGACUUAUGCCCACACACAAAAAAUGUACUAUAAUGAGGUGUCAGUCCUAAUGUUACUAAAUAGUGGAUUUUCAAUAUAUUUGUUAGAAUUGUUAGUUUUUACAUUCAUAACUAGCACUUAUUUAGCACUAUGAAUGUAUGUAGACAGGCUACAACGCUGCAGUUUGUUCCCAUUUACAGCAAGAAGUUUUGUCAAUUGUCCUGCACCAAUUCACUAAAGAGUGAACUGUUGUCAUAGUGGAAAAACAGUGUGUAGCAAAUUAGUUUCAAAAGUUGAGUUUGGAUGGUUUUGUAAUUCAGUCUAGGUGAAAUUUAAUUUAUUAAUGAAAAAAAAAUGAACAAGCCUGGCUUCGGACUGAAAUUGCCAUGAAACCUUGCUGUCAGUGGAGCCACUUUAAUACGAAAUAUUAGGAUGAGCCUGUAAGUUUUUUGUAAAAGUCGGCAACAAUUGCUGCAUUUAUGAAUCCUUUCUAUAACCUUAAUGGUUGGAAGUGUGUCACUGUCUUUUUGAGCAAACUGGUUCCUGCCAGGCUGUGGCUUAAUUUGCAGUAGUAAAUAAGGCAUCGAUCCACUGUAUUAGUUCUCUUAAUGACACCGAUUCCAUUGCUCUUAUCGUUUCUCUCUUAGUAAUGGGAAUAAUUUGUAGUUAAUAGAAAUACAGCCCUGAGAAUAAUUGCAUUAAUUAUACAAAAGAAAUAGUGGGUUUCCUUAUCGUUGAUGCUGGUAAAUUAUUACUUUGAGAAAGUAAAUGUAGUUUUUGUUGACUUCAUGCCAUUAAGACAAAAAUUACAUUUAUGAACAAAUUGAACUUGAGGCGAUGUUUGAGGAAUGUGAAGAACCACUUGUCAUGAUUGAAACUCGUACAAACAUCUUCACUUUUUCUGCUAACUAUUGAACAUAUUUUUCCAAUGGAGCAGAAAUACCUGAAGAUCCUUCAGCAUGUGUCUGAGUAUUGGCAAUGUAAGUACAAAAAACAUAAUGUUAAAAACCAUAGGAACAGGGUCAGAACAGUUUGCCCUGUGGCAUCUUCUGAAUUGUCUAUGAUUCGUGUGUCCUUUGUUGAACUGUCUGACAAAGGUCUGAGGGAAUGUUAUGUUUGUCAUCAGUUCAAAACAAGCUCCUAACUUAGCCAAGCUCUUAAGCAAGUAUGUAUGCUUCUUUUAUUUGAGACAGCAAUUAAGCCUAUGCUCAAAUAUCUUUGAUUUCACUGGGGUUUAAGAAGACACAUAAAGUUAAGCAGAAGUAAAAAUUAAACAUGCACACACACACCCCCCAACAGGAUGAAUAAAAUAACAGCAUGUGCUACUGAGGAAAAAUGAGACACAGAAAUUCUUUAGGUACCUUUCUAGUUAAUCCUGCACUGGAAUAAUAUACACAGAGCAUUGUGAGCCCUCAGACAACACUUUAACCAGCCAGAGAAGGCAGCUCUGUCUCCUCAGGGAGCUUAGGGGAAUUUACCCACUGAACCUGCUGUGCAAAGCUGACCAAGGAAAAUCACUAAUGCUGUGUCUUUGCUCACUUAGAGCUAAAUAACUUAUAUACUUACUGGUAAGCAUAGGCUUAAACGUGUUGCUGAAUCAAGACAAAUGACAGUAAUCUUGUAUUGACGUUACUAUGAACAGGCUCUUCGCCAGAAGUUAAUGGUGUACCAAAUACAGGACUCUACUUGCUGUCAUCUUUUGUGGAUUAAGACUUUGAACAACCUCUGAGAUGUUCUUCAUCCUCGAAAGUUUGAAGUUAAAUUGACACCCGAAAAUAUCUGAUGGAGGUAUUUAAUUUGGAAAACGUUUGCCUCAAAAUGUUGCACCUAGAAAAAAAAUACUUAGGAGAAAUUGAUGGAUUUUUAUGGUGAUACUUUUCUCUCUUUGGUUUCUGUUUAUAGCUUCUGUGUACCAACAAUUUCUGUCAUUUCUUCCCUUUUCCCCAAAUAUUUGGUGUCUUUCAUACUUAAAAGACUUGCAGGUAUCAAUAAGAGUAAUUUAAAAGCCUAAACUAAUUUCUAGAGAAGUGUAAUAUGAACAUUUUCUUUCGUGGGAACAUGAAAUCCCUGUGAGUGUUACUCAGUCUUUAAAAUGGUUCCCCCUCUGUUUUCUUGUAAGAAAGACAGGAUAUAUUUCUUCAGAAUAAAAAAAUCAGACUUUUUGGAAAUAGAGAUGUUUCACCUUACAAAACUGACAACAUGAAUUUUGUAUCAGAUUCUUUUAUAUAGAGAAACUAGUUAGUGCAUAAUUUUUUUUUAUGAUGUUAAAGUUGAAAUGAAACAAGAAGCAUACGGGUGGCCUUGCUAAUAGAUUUUCUGUCUGGAUUUGCUGUGUGUGAUGCCUUAACUCAGUUUUAUAUGAGAAAUACGUUAUUUUGUUAAGCUUAGAUAAUGUUAUUUUAUUAAGCUUGUAUGCAACAGUUCUGAGGUUUUUUUAAGACUUGUUUUCUUGGUUUGGUUUUAUUUUUAAAAAUAAUUUGCUAUUAAAGAGAACUGGCAUACAGAUA